AUGUAUUAUAUUUAUUAUUAUUUAUUACACAUACUGUACUAUGUAUUAUUUAUUACAUAUACUGUAUUAUGUUAUAUUUUUUUUAUGUAUAAUAAGCAGUACUGUAAUAUAUACAACAGUAGGUAUAAAAUACAGUCUGAUAACCUUAUUAAUUACGCAUUGUGUAAUAAUUAUAAGUACACAGAAUAUUUAACACAUAGUGUAAUAUUUCUUAUAGGCACAUUAGAGAUAAAAUAUAAUAAGCAAAGAGUAAUAAGUAAUUACACCAAUAUUUACAGAGAAAUAAGCAAAUCACCAUUAAAUAAUGAUUAUUGUACAGAAAGUAAUGCACAAGAAACAGAAAACAAUUCGGGUUAUAUCGGGUUAUUAAUGGAUGCAGAAUAUUAUCUGGAGAGUCCUGUACUUGAAAGGGUUAAUCUUAUAAUUAAUGAAGGAAUCAGUAAAUAUUUAGUAGAUGGGAUUGUUAUAGGUGUAUUAGGUGAGAAAAAUGAAGAGAAUCAAUUUAUAGUAAGUAAAAUUGUACAUCAAGCAGAUACACUUAAAAAAUUACCAAAUAAGGAAAUAUCCGUUAUUUUUAAUAAUUGUGAUUUCUCAAACAUCAAUGAAAAUUUUGAUAAUUCAAUAAUUUUAGCAUCAAAUUCUAAAAAUAUCCCCAUAAAUACCCCCACAAAUAUCCCCAUCCUAUUAUUUAAUACACAAUUACCAAAAAUUCCUAAUAAAAUAAUAGUGGUACCAUGCGAUAUAAAUAAUCAAUUAUUUAUGAUACCAUGGAGUAUAAAUAAUGCACCAUAUAAUACAGAACUAUCCACACAAGUACAGUCAGUAAUUAAUCCAUGCAUAACAAGACUUAAUGGUAUAUUAGUAGGAAUUCUUAACAUACGUACAAUAUAUUAUAUGCUUAAGUACCACAGGAAUCCAAUUUCUGAAUAUAAUUAUUAUACUGUAAUAGAUAUUUUAUUAAGGAAUAUGCAUUUAUCACCAUUAUCACCGUAUUCCUGUCCUACACUGCCAUCUGAUAAUGAUUUAUUCUGUAUGGGGAGUAUACCGGAUAUAAUAGUAGUAAAGUGUGAAUUUAACAGUAAAAGGGAGGUGAUUAUUAAUGGGAAAGCUGUUAUAAUUAUUCUUAUUAAUGAGGGUACAUCUAUUAUUAUGUGUAAGAAAGAAUAAUUAAAAAAUUAAAAACCGUUA